CUAUCAUUGACAUAUACUCACCAGCAAGAUUCCCCCGACGUAAAGCAGCAGAGAGGCAUAGCUCAGAGAGGAUACUUACGAUCCGUCACUCGUCCCUUGACACGUCCAGAGACCUCACUACUUUCUGUUCUAAGCCGCAUCUCCUCGUCUAACUUUGCUCUUGCAAAAUGUCUAUGGUCAAUAUACGGCAGAUUGAACUGGUAUCAAAUCCAGCAAAAUUCGAUGAUGAAUACCAUUUCAGGAUCAAGUUUGAAGCUAUCGCACCGCUACAGGAGGACCUCGAAUGGAGGCUGAUAUAUGUUGGAUCUGCAAAGUCAGAAGAGUAUGACCAAGAGCUGGACUCGUGUCUCGUCGGUCCAAUACCAGCCGGGAUCAACGCUUUCGACUUUCUGGCUCCUGCUCCCGCUCACCACCUCUUACCGUCUGUCGAACCUGAGGAGAUACUCGGUGUGACAGUCAUCAUCAUCACCGCUUCAUACAGGGACAAGGAGUUUGUCAGAGUCGGAUACUACGUUAAUACGUACUAUGAGGACGAGGCGAUGAUGGAGACUCCACCGGCCACUGUAGAAUGGGACAAGCUGUACAGAAAUGUACUCAUCGCUCGUCCAAAAGUCACCAGAUUCCAAAAUCCUUGGGACACCGGUGCCGCCUCUCCAUUUGAUGCCCCGCUGCAACAGGAAGCUGGACAAUCGUCCAGCGGAGGCGGAUCAAAUUACAUGUUGGACAGUGCUCCAUUGCCGCCGCCAGUCACCAAAGCUGCCCCGGCGCUUCCCUCAGCCGAGGAAUCCGAUAUGAGUGGGGGUAAUGGGUCAGAUCACAAUAACGGUUUCGGCUCUGGUAUUUCUAAUGGGCACGCAUCAGGGCAUGGAGGAGGGAUGGACGUGGAGAUGGUCGCGUGACCAUUUUGAGUGUCACGUAGCGAGGAACGAUUAGUUGUCUUGCGAUUGGAGUUAUACGCCGCAAUAGAACGACGACUUGGAUUGUAACACUACACCCCGCUGGUCAGCCGACCGGGAGAAAAAUGUCAAACCAUGAUCUCGCAUCCAUGUCAUGUAUAUUAUACUGGGA